GAGAAAAUCGUCAUAAACCACAAUUCAUUCUCACUUGAUCAUCAAAAAAGUAAUUUCCUUUCUCUCUCUUUCUUUCUAUAUAUCUCUCUCCAAAUUCAUCCCUUUCUCUCUCUCUCUCUCUUGAAAUUCCUCCAAAAACAUCCCAUCAGGCAUCAACAGUUCUUACGCUUUAAGGCCUGGGUGUGAUCGUUUUCUAUCUAUCUGACAAAAAAAAACAAUCAAAACCCAAGCCGGCCUUUGAUGAUCGGAUGCUAUUUUCAUUUGGAAUCUUCAUAGAAAGAAAAAAAACAGUUGCUUACGGUGAAAUUCAUCAUCGGAUGGGGGUUUUUGAUAUUCAUCCUUCCGUUUCUCCGAUGACAUAUGUGAAGUGAGUUUUUUUUCAAAUAAAUCCAUCCAGUCUUUGUUUUGGGCACUGCUUCAAGCUCCUGUGCAGUGCCCAUGGAUCCAUCAACAAGUGCAACCCCAGCUAUUACAUUCUGUAACAUUCCAGACCAACCAAUUGCAGCAUUGGUAACCUCAGGUUUAGCAGCUUUUCAUCGACAAACCAGGCAUUGUUUUGGAGAUGAGAAUCCUGGGGAAUUCCCAUUAUCUACUAACCCCACCAUUGUUCUUCAUGUACUUACUGGUUGCGAUUUCGAUCCUCGUGAUCUCGCUAGACUCGAGGCUACUUGUUCUUUCUUCAGAGAGCCUGCUGAAUUUGAACCUGAUCCUAACUUGUCUUUAGGAGAGCUUGCAGCUCUCGACAUGUGCCAGAAGAGGGCUAUAUUUAAGCCGAUGACUGCUGAAGAGCGACAAAAACUGAAACAGAUUUGUGGGGGGUCUUGGAAAUUAGUCCUGAGAUUCUUGCUGGCCGGAGAAUUGUGUACCCGUAGGGAGAAAUCGCAGGCGAUAGCUGGCCCCGGUCAUAGUAUUGCUGUAACUUCGAAAGGUGCGGUUUACUCUUUCGGGUCCAACAGUUCCGGCCAGCUUGGACAUGGCAAUACUGAAGAGGAGUAUCGCCCGCAGCCUAUCAGGUCUCUUCAUGGAAUAAGAAUUAUUCAAGCGGCGGCUGGUGCUGGGAGGACAAUGCUGAUAAGUGAUGCGGGAAAAGCAUACGCCUUUGGGAAGGAUUCGUUUGGAGAAGCCGAAUACGGUGUUCAAGGAAACAAGCUGGUUACAUCUCCUCAGCUUGUGGAGUCUUUAAGAGACGUGUUUGUUGUACAGGCAGCGAUUGGGAAUUUCUUCACUGCUGUUUUAUCAAGAGAAGGUAGGGUUUACACCUUCUCUUGGGGGAAUGAGACGAAACUCGGUCAUCAAACCGAGCUGACCGACUUGGAGCCUCGUCCUUUACUAGGCGAACUCGAAACAAUUCCCGUUGUUCAGAUUGCUGCCGGUUAUUGUUACCUUCUAGCAUUAGCAUGCCAACCAGACCGCAUGUCAGUUUACUCGGUUGGAUGUGGUUUAGGCGGGAAACUUGGACAUGGGUCGAGAACCGACGAGAAGUUGCCGAGGCUGAUUCAACAAUUUCAGACUUUGAACAUCCAGCCAGCUGUGGUCGCGGCUGGAGCUUGGCAUGCUGCGGUUGUGGGGAAGGAUGGACGAGUUUGUACUUGGGGUUGGGGAAGGUAUGGUUGCUUAGGGCACGGAAAUGAAGAAUGUGAGUCGGUCCCGAAAGUGGUUGAGGCUUUGAGCAAUGUGAAGGCUGUUCACAUCGCGACUGGAGAUUACACGACGUUUGUUGUUUCGGAAGAGGGCGAUGUUUACUCGUUUGGCUGUGGAGAAUCAUCCAGCCUCGGUCAUAACAAUGGAGUUGGAGUUGGAGGGGGAGGAGGAGCAGCAGCAGCAGAUGGUGGACAGGGUAAUCGGCAUGCAAAUGUGUUGAGCCCUCAAAUGGUGGCGUCUUUGAAAGAGCUGAAAGAAAAAGUGGUGCAGAUCAGCCUGACAAACUCUAUAUACUGGAAUGCACAUACAUUUGCACUUACUGAAUCAGGGAAGCUGUAUGCGUUUGGGGCAGGGGAUAAAGGACAGUUGGGAGUGGAGCUGGCGGCUAACCAGACGGAGAGGCCGAGCCCUGAGGUGGUUGGAGUGGAUCUCAGCUUAAGCUAAAGCUAGACAGAACAUGGAUGGAUUGGUCUUCUAUUCUCUUUUAACAUUAUUGAAGCAAAAGAUGAUUUGGUGGUUUGUUUAUUGUCUCUGUAAAUAGGAACAAGUAAACAACAAAGGGUUGGCUUUGUAAAAAAGAAUGGACUUUUGGGUAAGGAGUCAAUCUGGGGGUAAUGGGUCUCAGUAAAUCUGCAUUAGGGUUAAAAAGAAAAAAGAAGUGGAAGAUCAGGAUUACUGAAGGGUAGCCGUAAAUAGUUUAUAAAUUGUGGAUAUUCAGUUUCUCUAACAUUGUUGCUUUCUUUAGUUUAAUUUAAUUUGGUCUUCAAGGUUUGACCCU